CAGAACAUUUCCUCGCCCGCGCACGCAACGAAGAUGGACCGUAUACCGGACUCGUUGCUGAAUCUUGCCGGCCUAACCGUCGUUCCCGUGGCGUUUAUCCUUGUCAUACAUUUCUUCUUCUACACUGACCCUGAAGCCGCUGUUCCGUACAAUGUUGCUGCCCCGGAACAGGUGCGACAGGGGUGGAAGGGGGAGGUGUUGAGGGAGCCGUCGCUGAAGGUUUCAGGCUCGAAGCUAAUCCAAUGCUACUGUCCUGCUACUGGCGAAUCCCUCGGACGGGUGAAUCCCUCUUCCGCAGACGGAGUUGAUCGAGCGAUUGCAAAGGCGACGAAGGCGCAGGUAGAAUGGGCGAAGACGACGUUCGCUCAGAGGAGGAGGGUGCUGAAGACUAUGUUGAAGUUCGUGUUGGAGAACCAAGAGACGAUUGCUCGCGUCGCAUGCCUCGACUCCGGGAAGACGAUGGUGGAUGCCAGCUUGGGAGAAAUAUUGGUGACUGCUGAGAAGCUGAAAUGGACAAUUGAUCAUGGAGAGGACGCGUUGCGUCCAGAGCGGAGACCGACGAAUUUCCUCAUGAUGUAUAAGAAGAAUGAGGUCAUAUGGGAGCCAUUGGGCGUGGUGGCUGCAUGCGUUAGCUGGAAUUAUCCUUUCCACAACCUCAUCUCCCCGAUAAUAGCGUCCAUAUUCGCGGGAAAUGCAAUUAUCGUCAAGGGCUCGGAAGCUACCGCAUGGUCAAGCACAUACUUCACCUCCAUUGCUACCUCCGCCCUCGUAGCUUGCGGCCAUUCCCCCGACAUUGUCCAAUCCAUUGUAUGCUGGCCAGAUGUCGCGGAGCACUUGACCUCACACCCUGGGAUUGCCCACAUCACCUUCAUUGGAUCUCGAACAGUAGCACACCAUGUCUGUGCCUCAGCCGCGAAGCGUCUCACACCAGUCUGUGUCGAACUAGGAGGAAAGGAUCCCGCUAUUGUCCUCGACGACCUCAGCAACAGCGAGUUCAAACGCGUAGCUAGCAUCCUCAUGCGAGGCACAUUCCAAUCCGCCGGUCAGAACUGCAUCGGUAUUGAACGGGUAAUCGUGCUCCCACGCCUUUACGACCGCUUCAUUGCACAUCUCACGCCCCUGAUCUCCGCGCUCAAGCCGGGCUCCAUCUUAAACGCCGACUCCGACCACCCCAUCGACAUCGGAGCGUCCAUCGCCCCGGCCAACUUUUCUACACUAGAAUCCUUUAUCCAAGACGCCGUCUCCCAAGGAGCCCGCCUCCUCGUCGGCGGAAAACGCUACACUCAUCCAGACCACCCCCAAGGCCACUACUUUUCCCCCACGCUUAUCGUCGACGUGACGCCGGAAAUGAAAAUCGCGCAGACCGAGCUCUUCGCCCCUGUGUUCCUGAUGAUGCGCGCCAAAGACGUCUCCCACGCCAUCGAACUCGCCAAUUCUUCACCGUACGCCCUCGGCGCCUCUGUUUACGGUGCUCACAAACCCUCGCUCGAGCGCGUGGUGCGCGAAGUCAAAGCCGGGAUGGUGGCCGUCAACGACUUUGCCGUCACGUACAUGGUGCAGCUGCCCUUCGGCGGUGUCAAGGGUAGCGGGUAUGGGCGAUUUGCUGGCAAGGAGGGGCUCAGGGGUGUAUGUAAUCAGAAGGCUGUUACGAGGGAUAGGUGGCCGGGGGUUAAGACGAGUAUCCCUCCGCCGAUGGAUUUGCCGUUGAGUGCGAAGGGAAAAGGGGCGGCGGAACGGGCGUGGAAUUUCGCGAUGGGGAUUGUGUGGUUGGGGUAUGGGGAUUGGAGGGGGAAGGUUAGGGGUAUCAGGGGGUUAAUUGGGGUAUAA